AUGGCCUCCAUCCCAAACGGCGCUGCACCCAUACCACCGGAUGUGACUUGCACCAUCAAUCCACUUCUUGACUUACUAGCAGCGUUUCCGGUGCCACAGUUGGCUGCUAUACCACCAACACGAUAUUGUGAAAAUGAUGUAGCCCACUGCGAGCCUGACGCGGCGAGGGAAGAAGCGAUCACAAACACCAUUGAGGAGUCGGCCCGUACCUUAAUAGCAUCUAGCAGCUAUGAGUUGCUGCGUGAAGCCACUGUGUGCAUUGACAGUAGUGUUGCAACCGUCCCAAAAGGGGGAAGCAUCCGCCCGACGCUUUCUCCACUUGCGCAGCGUAUUCAUGAGCGCCUGUUGCAACUGGAGAAAAAUGUACGGGUGGGUGGUAUACGUAAUGUGCCAGGUGGGGGGUCACCGCACAAGGGGCGUGUGCCAUGGGAGCGCCAACCAGCCCGACAAAUGACUCUGCGGCCUCGCCGCGAGCCGUCGCAGGAUGCUGCAAGGACGGCAGAGCAGGAGGACGGUUCGGAGAGCCCCAGGAUCGAGACGAAACAAUCACCGAUGGCGGUGCAAAAAAACGAACAAACAUAUGGUGAAUUCAAGACGGAGGCGUACCGUUCCAUGGAGGUCGCAGAUAUUUUUAAUGAAAAACUUAUGGAUUCUAAAUCGCUUGACGCCCUCCUUGGCAUGCUCUCGAGUGCAACGCAACCGUUCAGGGAUGUUGAAGGAGAAACAAUCACAGCGUUUCUUACUGCUCUUGUGCAGCCUUCUGUUUCUCCACCAUCUACCAAAAAGAAGUGCCUGGAUGAUGUGGAGACGGAUAUAUCUGUCGAACUAAUGGAACGGGUGAUUGCAUGUUGUUCGUGUGUUUCACAUCCUUCAUUUAACCCGUCUCACAUCCCAGAGGAUCUGAUAAACCACCUUAUCACAAAAUUAGCUGUUCUUCUCCGACAAGUGGCGAGAAGAGCCUCCGGGCGCUCGAAAAAAAGCAAGGGCACCAGUACUGAACUUCAGUGCUUGCGUGCGUUGCUAGGUUGCUUUUCGUUGCUGGUGUCGGAUGAGCGUCUGGACGUUUGUUCACCCGGAGAGUUGAUCCGGUUGGAGGAACUCUGCUACCAGAGUUUAUUUGUCGCAACUAGCGGUUUCGGUCAUCAAGAGGUCGUAACUUACGCUGCGUAUGUCAUGAGUCACGCUCUGCAACUCUACCGGUGCUUGUGGAAUCAUCUGAAAGUUGAGCGCGACAUAACAACUGAGCGGUUCUUUUUACAGUUGCCGCUAGGGGGAAACUUGCUUUUGCGGCUACAACAGCUUCCGUCAGGGGAGAAGGUUAUGCCUCUCACAGCGGCAGUUGUGAACGCCGCGCAGUCAUUGGAUAUCGGGACAGAGACAAUCGGACUGCGUGAUGCCGAAUGUUUGGUUCAGCAAUGCCGGUCAUGGGCCGCGCGGUUUGUCCAACACUUUGUGUUGGGCAAGCGGGAACUACAAGACCGCGACACGGUUUGGACGUUGGUGCUUCAGUUUGUAGACGAUCUCGCUAACAUGUUGGGCUUACCCGAGUACCCCGCCGCAGACGCAAUCUUGCAGUCGCUGCUCGCGUCACUUGCUCAUUAUGCCUCCGUUACCGCUGUCACCCUCGGGGAAAGAAACGCAGCCAACUUCUCCCUGCUACCGCUUUUUGUCGAGGUAAUUUACAGAGUUUCCCGCGUUGCGCUUGGGGGAUCCCUCCAGAAAGCACUGUGUGUGAAAGUUCCUCCGGCAUCCCGUUUGUUGUCCUCUGCUCAGAUGAGGCAGUGGCGUUACCUUACGUACUACGACACCACGGCGACGAAAAAAAAAGGUAGCAACAUCAGCGCUGACUACGAAAACAAAAAUGAAGAUGAUAGUUUGCAAGUGGGCUUGGAUGACUACCGGGCCAUAUUGUACACAGCCCUUUCACAGUCGUCUAAUUUGCCUCCUUCCGACUUUGGGGACGUAUCACUCCACUUGCGCGCCGCGCAUGUGCUCACUUGGGCGGUGCAUGACAAGUGCUUUCACGAGUUAACUCUCGACAAACUUGUGCGCAGCCGGCAUAUUGUUGAAGGUGGUGUUUCAGUUGACUGGGGUAUGCUUCGGGCAUGCUCUUUACGGUUAUCGGCCGAACGGGAAAGGUCAUUGCUUAACAGAGCGGCAAAAGAGCGACUCCUGUCGCUGCUGUUGUCCGUAUUUCAGGUUUGGGAGGAAGAACCUCAGGGAAGCUUGGGCAGCCUGGAAGUGGCGCGCAAGAAGGCGCUCACUUAUAUUGCAGAACUCACCGAGUUACACCCCCCUUUGCUGGAUAAAAUUUGGCCGAUUGUUCAACGGUGCGCCCGAUGCGAUAAUGCACGCGUAAGGGAGGCAACCGUUGCACUGCUACUAACACUUAUUUCCGGUAUAUGUCGUGAUACUAAGCGGGAAAGUGGUUUGACGGAGUCCGCUGUGGCUGAUAUGCUCACGGAUGUCGUGAGUAUGUUGUUGCAUUUUCUGAGGGACCACAAUGCAGCUGUGGUCGCACGAUCCAUUGCAGCACUGGACACACUUCUCACGGAGGAGCCAUAUACUAAAUUAUUUGAACAGAUGAGUAAGGUAGAACAUUUGGUGACUUUUACGCAAUCAAAGCUCCUCACAUUAAUCACUCCGUCCGCCGCUGUACUGGAGGUGCCAGAUUGCCAGCACCAGGCAGCACUGCACCGUCUAUUCAUACGGCGUUGGACAGCGCAGAUGCCGGGUGAUUUUGAGCAGUAUCACGUUCACAUACGUGUGGCGAAAGAACUACUUCGUCUCACGGGUAGUACCAUUAAGUAUCCCUAUGAUGCAUCAGAAUCGCUACACCUCGUCACAUUAUUGCGUGGAAUGUGCAGUGAGUUGACGGCUGUCAAACCUAAGCGUCGUGGUCCAAAGAAAGCUGAAGAUGCGAGAAGGCAGGCGUUGUGUGGAGUUAUGGUUGGAGCCGCGAAGGCAUUAUGGUCGGAGUGGCAACGACUUUCACCAGGGUCAGGAGCUGCGGCAGCUCUAGCUACGAUUCACAUUCUUUCAAUGGCAUGCAACGAUUGGGUAGAUCCGCUACUCGAUGCUCUAGCGCAGGUGCUUUUACAGCAACAACAACUGUUAGUGAAGACAGAUAUGGCAAAUGGAGACUCUGAGGUAACAGGCAUCACACUUUUGCAUGUUUGCCGGAUAAUGCAUACCGUGCUUAUGGGGUCCCGGAGACCCCCGCUUCCGCUUGAUCCACUUGCACAGGUGUUGACAUCGUUGAUCUCGCGCUACGUAGGACCACAUCAACAGAAAAUUCUUCUUUCGGCUACGGGGGCCUUAGUGUCAACCAUAACCUGUGGGCACGAUAGGCUUUCCAAGCAAGUGAACACCAAGUAUUUAACUUUGUGCUACUCAUUGAUGAAUACCUACUAUGUGCACGUAGCUUCGUUUGCCCCCACACUUCGUACCAACCAAUGCAACGUCGGCUACACAUUACGUUUUCUUUUCCUCCUCUCGGAGUUCCUACGACUCUACCCUGGAUGGAAGCACCGCCACCCGGAACUGGCCGCCCUCACAACCACGACAUCAUGUGCUGGCUCCGCUGGAGCGACAACUGUUCCAAACCAGCUUGCAUGCGGCGAUGGCAUAUGCGCGAAUAUUUACUCGGCGGUGGAAUUGGUGUUGCGCGAGUGCCCCGAAAGGGAACGGGGAAGAACCACUGUAAUCGCCCUGCGAGUAAUGGGUUCGUUGUGCAUGCUUCAACCUACUACUUAUCUACGUCAUUGCGAGCCAUACAUUCGUCGUGCAAUUCACCCUGCGAGUGAUGUGCAGCAACAACUUCAGGGUCUCACAUUCAUACGGGAUUUUCUGCGCGACGAAGAUUCCAGGGUGCACGAAGCAGCCAUGGCGGCCGGCGCAACUCUGCCAAUUCAAUGGCAGGAUAACGGCAACUGCAGCACGCAACCCGCGAGCCCCAAUAAUGGGUGUCGCCUACUGAAGCUUCAAGCCUCUGCAGAAACGCAGGUGGAGGAACAGAACAGUGGUAUGGCAACUUGGUUACUUCAGCAGUUCCAUGAGCAUGUGACCCUUCUCUGUGGGAGUUACAUGUUACCUGUGAGGGAACUGGCCAUGGAAAUACUUCACCUGUGUGCAGCGGGUGGGCUGCUGCCGCCGCCGAGGUACACUAAAGCGUUAAUUGUGCUGGGUGCCGAUCCACAGAGCGGUGACGUUAGGAGGACCGCUGUUGCUUACGUCCUGGAACAAUGUGAGCGCCACGGGGACCUUAUGGUAGCAAGUUCAACUGCCGGGAUUGUGAAGGCAUUCGACCUCCAUGCCGUCUGCGGGGUUGAUGUUGUGAAGAGUGCCAUUGGGGUGUACGACACACAGCACCAUAACGGACAGGGGGAAGGUGAGUACUGUGUUCAUGCGUACCUCUUUAAAUCGCUGCACAAAAAAUAUCGCGAUGCCAUCGUCUCAUCGCUGAUGUGUUAUUUUCAUGAGGAAGCCCGCGUAGGCCAAUGGAUGCGGGAGCAUAAGCUUACUUGUAGCGGCGGCGCGGCCAGUGGAUCCAAGGGCUUGAUGGAACUAACACCGAGUCCACUUCCAUUUCUUAUCCACUUGACAGUUGUGCUGGCCCACAUUCCUUUCCAGCUCGAAAGUGAUGUCGUUCAUCUGUUGGACAGUUGCCGCACGGUUGUUGAUUUAAGUGGACCGAGUUGCAUGGAGUUCGUGCAGCAGCAGCUCGCACUGCUUCAAGCGAGUACGGGAACGGGAGCCCGCGGCUCACGAGGUGUCGGUGACGUCGGCGUUACCAAAGUUACGGAUAGUGCACUUGACGUGUGGAGGUGCUAUGGCGUUUCGUGCGUUCUACACCUCAAUACUUUCCUGCAUUCAGCGUACGACCUGCGCGGAUCGAAGCGGUAUCGACAGUCCGGGGUUGGCCGCCCGGUGGGGAGGGCCGCACGCAGUGACUCGCGAAGGGUGGCGUCCACGGCCUUCCUCAAUAAGAUGAAUGAGCUUCUGCAGAGCAUGAACGUACUGUGGGGUGGGAAAUCGGAUGCAGAGGGAAAGCUCAAUAACUGCAAAAUUCAGUCAAUGAAAAGCCUGCUUACCUCCCUCGCAGGCGCAGCUGGGUUGGAGGAUACGGACGCCGUGCUUGAGUGCCCGAGUGGUCCACGAAUGAAAACGAAAGCAUCCACGCGCCAUCAUAAGAAGGCAAAGAAGCGGGGCCGACCCUGUUGUCGGCUGUCAAAUGUUGUGAAUGACUCUUCGAGCAGCAGCUCCGAGAGAGCCACAUCCGCUGAGUCGUUUCAGCGUGGUAUUGACCACGCAAGACACGGUGAAUGCAUAAGUGAGUGGGCCGAUGAUUUUUUUCACACGGAGCAGUGA